UAUCCAGGAAAAGUACUGCCAUUAUGGAUAAUAUCAUAUUCCUUUUAAGUCAAUAGGUUAUGUUUCUAUUGAGAAAUAUAGCACACCAGGGUUUUAUAGGUUGGAAGCAGGUUUGUCAUUUAAGAAAAUCAUAACACUGAAUCCCCUUAUUAAAAAAAUAAAUGAAUUAAGCCAUUUGAGAAGUCGGAUCUCAUGUGAUUAAAUUGAACCACCCCCAGCAAUUAUUGAUAAAACCAGCGACUGCACUUAAGGAAGUGGUAGUCUCAUUUGAGAAAUUAAAUAUUGCAAAGGAAUUCCCUGUUUGUGCAUCUUUUUUAGAGAUGAGUAAUAGAGGAUGGGAUAAUUGGGCUAAAUUAUGGGAGGGGGAGAAUGGGAAGAGAAAUAAGCGGGAUUUGUCAGGGUGGCUGGGUACUGGAGCUGCUUUUCUGGAUGCUACCAAUAUUGAAAUAUUAGCCAAAAAAUUACAUUAUACCACUGAAGAAAUAAGUAAGAUGACAGAACCUAUCAAUAGGGCUCUGGGAAAGACUACUGAAACCCCCCAAAUCAUAGCCAGUUUACUUCCAAUGUGGGAACAGAGAAUGGAAAAAGAUUAUCAUGACAUGGGAAAUACCAUGCAGUCCUUACAACAGAAUAUUUCCUUGGCCAUUACAUGCACCCAAAUGUAGAACUGGGCCCAUACAGUGGCUUUGGAACGUAUUCACAUGACAGAUAGUGGGUUUAUACCCAGGGAAAUUAGGUUCCUAAUUUGACAUCAAGUGUCCAAGCGAGAAAGAAAAUUGGAAGACUGGUGGAGCCUUGUCAAUGCCACAUAUGAUAAGCAAAAUCAUGCAUUAAGAUUGUCUAUUGUAAUGGUAGAAGCGUCUGAAAUCAUUAAUGUAUAUCCUGUAAUUCCAUUGUGAAUCACUGUAGAUCAAGAUUGAGUUCUUUAUGCCCAGGAAGUUCAUCAGUGGGCCAUAAUUAAUCAUGCAAGAUGGGUAACCAUUAAUGUGAAAGGUUGUCAACAUCAUAAGAAGUUAGGAUUUGUUUGUGAAGAUGAUAGUUUGGAAUCCCAUCAAGAUUGCUUUUCUCUCAGAAUGAUUAAUGUAUUGUAUUGCUCUUUCAUGCUAAGAAAUGAAUCAAGUUCAACCAUUGUAUAUUCUGGACAUGGGUGUAUGUGCCUUAGAACGUUUUAUGAUUAUGCUGUUAUUGAUAAGUAUUAUAUACAAACUAUGCUAAGAUAUAUCAAUAGAUGCUUUUGUGGUAUUGAGGAAAUAGUAGGAUGUGAUUUUUCAUUUAAAGUCCCUGUAUGGACCAUCCAGAGAAUAUUAGUUAAUCCAGACUUGUUUCAAUACCUCAAACCCAUUGCAUUAGGGUAUGGCCUAGCUGAUCUCCAGAAGUUACUUUCUCAUCCUAUGUUACAGAAAUAAUUAGAAGCAGUUAAACAAAUGGGAGAGCAACCUACACUCCAGAUAAAACACGAGUGCCAUACAAUUACCAAUAUAGCAGCCAAGAUCAAACAGAUAGGGGCACAUAAAUGGUGGGAUUCCCUGUUUGGCUGGGGAGAAGGCGCCAAAGGAGGUCUAAAACUUUUAAUGCACCCCAUUGUGGUGAUUCUAAUAUGGCAAGUUUUUUUGGUCUUCGUCUUAAUAGCCCUUGUAAUAUGGAUCCGAUCUCAAAUGGCACAGAUACCCCAGAGGGACUGCCACCCCCCACUGCUGCAUGUGCCCCCCGCUAUUCCCACAGCAUGUUCUGCUGCCCCCACCACCCCACCUCUCAUUCCACCACCAUCACCACCACCACCCCUCCUACCGCCCCCACCCCCACCCUGCGUCUCAUUCCCCCACCGCUGCUGCAGUUUCUGCGGCCCCCCACCCCGCCUCUCGUUCCCCCUGCUGCCGCUGCACCUCCUGCCACCCCCACCCCACCUCUCAUUCCCCCGCCGCACCUCCUGCCACCCCUGCCUCUCAUUCCCCCGCUGCUGCACUGCCUGCCACCCCCCACCUCUCGUUCCCCCCGCUGCCGCUACCACCACACCUGCUGCUGCCCCCCAGCACCACCCCGCCUCUCGAAGCGGGGUAUGCAGCUGAACGUUCCAAGCGUGGCUCUGCCCCUCCUCCUGGCAUGGCGCUCCAUUCGCCUCUCGCUCGCUCUCUCCUCAGCUCAGACCGCAGGAUCUACACUGCAUCUCCAGACUGGGUUGCUAGUGGCUGAAGAAGAAAUAGUAGGCUGA